ACAUUGUCAAUGAUUAUUUUCUAUUUUGACAUUUUUAAGAAGAAAAAAAAUACAUUCGACUUUUCCCACAAUGUCUUUUUUAUGAAAGGAAAAUUCAAUUGCUAUUUAUACAAAAUGGAUAAAUUAAAAUGUGAAAUGUGUUUUUACAAGGGAUUGUCUCAAACACUUCUCAGGAAACAUAUUUUAAAUUGUCACCGACACAAUCCUCUGUUCAAAAUAACUUGUCAGUGUGGAGAAACAUAUCGAAAUUAUGAAACAUUUAGAAAACACAACUACAGAACACAUAAUGCAACAUUCGAUAAAGAGGAAAAUGAGCCUUUUCAUUUCCCAACAGCUGCUUUCAAUGAUAUUAGUGAUAAUGUUCAAAAAUCACAACAAUUUGAAGCUCCAGUGACGGAAGAAGUUCAAAAUAAAAAAGCUCUGCUGAAAGUGAAAUUGCGCGCGGCACAGUUUCUCUUGAACAUUCGUGAAAAUGGUAAAACUUCUCAGUCAACUAUAGAAGAAAUUGUGACGGAGAUUAUAACCCUUUACAAUUCUUAUUCCGAUGAUUUAUUGAAAGAAAUUGAGAAACACGUCGACCCUGAGACCAAUUUAGUUAAUUCUAAUAUAAUAAAAAGACUAAUUGCACAAAAUUCGCAAAAUUAUUCAGAAAGCUUUUCUGACUUUGCAUCGAAAAAUAAACUGGAUCAAUUUUUGGUUGAAGAAUUCAAAAUGGUGCAGCCUGUGGAAAUGAAAAUGGGAACGACGUUACGAUGGGUAAAAAAAGAUUCUCAUUCAGAUUUGAUUGAAAGAAAGGAUAAUGCCUACAUUGUGCCUGUUUUAGACACAUUAAAAAAUCUAUUAAGCAAUGAUGAAAUUCGAGAAAACAUUGAAAAUAGGAUUGAAAAAGAUGAUGGUACUUAUCGCUCGGUAUUGGACGGAGAAAUUUACAAAGAAAAUCCUUUUUUUCGAGAGAAUCCUAAUGCUUUAGCAAUUUUAUUUUAUUACGACGAUUUAACAGUUACCAAUCCGCUAGGUGCAAAUUGCAAAAAACAUAAUUUAAGCAUGUUUUAUUGGUCUCCAGGAAAUAUUGAACCUCGAUUAAGAUCCAACAAAAACUCUAUUUAUUUAUACAGUAUUGUUAAAACUAAUUUCCUAAAAAAAUAUGGAAUUCAAAAGUUCUUAGAACCUCUCGUAAAAGAAAUGAAUAUUCUUCAAACGGAAGGAUUGAGAAUCAGCGUUGGUAAUGAAAUAAAAAUUUUUAAAGGAUCAAUAUUAUUUUCUUCUGGUGACAAUCCCGCUUCAGCGUUUUUGGGUGGUUAUAAAAGAUCCGUUUCUGCUCAUUGCUUAUGCCGUACGUGUAUGGCUACUGAGAGUACGUGGAAGGAAAAAUUUAAUGAGAGUGAAUUCACACUCAGAAAUGUGGAAACCCAUAAUCAUCACUUGAGGGCGAUAAAUGAAGAAAACAUCACGAAAAAUGAAAAAAAUAAAAGAAAAGUUGAAUUUGGAAUAAAUGAACGAAGUCCACUGCUGGACAUAAAUAAUUUGGACGUCACAAAAUGUUUACCGCAGGAUGGAAUGCAUGUUCUAAUAGAAGGAGUCUGCAUCGUGGAAACACAAUGUUUGCUGCACUAUUUAAUUUUCGAUAAAGGGCUUUUCACUCUAGACGAUCUGAAUGAAAGCAUCGAAAAUUUUAAUUUUGAUUAUUUCGGUGUUAAUAAACCAGCUUUAAUUUUGAUGGAACAUCUUAGUCAAGAAAAAUCUCUGAAACAAAGCGCAUCGCAAAUGCUAGGUCUCGUUUUUACUCUACCAUUUUUGAUUGUGAAGUGGUUAAAGAAUGAUGACACUUUGGAAUCCAUGUAUUGCCAUACACUUUUGUUACAAAUAGUGAGCACUUGUUUUGCCUACGAGAUAUCCUCCGAAACGGUACAUUUAUUAGAACGAAUGAUUGAGGUAUUUAUUUUGCGAUUUAUUCGUUUAUACCCAAAUGAAAUUGUACCUAAAUUUCAUUUCUUAAUCCAUAUACCAAUGUAUAUAAGAUUAUUUGGACCAGCUCGCCAACAAUGGUGUUUUAGAUUCGAAAGUCAGCAUAGUUAUUUCAAAUCCAUGAUGCCGGUCAUAAGAUCAUUUAAAAAUGCGCCGCUAAGUCUGUCUUAUAGAUUUCAGUCCAAAAUUGCUUUGGAACUAGCGACAGGUUCAGAAAACAAGACUUUUUUGUAUAAAGGAGAUGAAAUUUCGCCAGGAGAAAUUUUACUUUUACAAAAUUUACCAAAUGCUCAUUUAUUCAAAAGUUACCUCGAAAAAAUAAAUUGCCUGCUGUCGCUUCAAAUAAUGCGCUCGCCAAAAAUUAAAAGCUAUGGAGCAACAUAUAAGCAAAAUUCAAUUUUUCUUCUUGAUUGUGAAGAUGAAACAUUGCCCACUUUCGCAAAAAUUAAAGACAUUUAUAUUAUAAAAGAGAAAAUUAUGUUUUUAUUUAAAGUUUUAGAAACAGUAGAAUAUGACCGAAUUUUGAACGCUUAUUGUGUGGCUGAACCAAUAAAUACUAAUGAAGAUGUAAUUUUAUUAGAAAAUUUAAUUUUUCCUCAUUCUAUUCCAACGUUCUCACAUGAUGAUAAAACAUACGUUACUUUAUUAUUUCACGAACGCACGGAAUUUAUUGGAUAAAACAAGAAAACAAUUAAUAUUUAUAAAAUGAAAUUUAUUAUAAUAUACGACGAUUAUUAUAGUUAGUACAAUUUUAAUCAACUUUAAUUGUUGAAUACAGGUCGUAGUUUUAUAUUGGUUUAAA